GAUAAAAGAUAUAACCGUUGAGAGCGCUCUCUGACAUUUGAAAUUUCAAACGGACAUCUCAGGCCACUAAUAAAACCAGUUUUAGACAGAGAAAAAGGCAACGAUACAGAAAGAGAAGCAACAAAAAGAGUUCAGUUUCUAUGUAAAACAGCCAUGUCUAAGAUGAAAACUGAUAGCAAGCCUCCGCUGGCUAGGUCGCCAAUUCGGGUUCGACCACGUCGAGUCCUUCGAUCAAACUCAAGUUCUCUUCAAACCCCUCCAGGAUCUUUGACGAAAUCUCAAAAGUUAAUCCGUGCAUCAGACAUUGAAGAAUCAGAUCUUCGACCUGAAUACCGCACAAUUUCCUGCGAGUUUCAGGCCCUGGCAAAGAUGGUUCAAGAUGAACUCGGGGACAGUAAAUUGGGUAAUAACAAUAAUAAAGCUAGGUCGGGUACUGAGUUGAUUGGUAAUUCGAGUUUUUUCUUUGAAAGGGGUAGGUUUUAUGAAGAUUACUCAGCGCGAAGAAAUGAGAGGCUGAAGAGAAAGAAAAAUGAAACAGGUGACACGGCAAAGACUCCGUAUGAACUUGGUGUUACGGUUGAGUCUUCGAAAAGGAGGGAAUCGAAGAAGCUAGAGGGUCUGAGGAAGUCUGUUUCUGCUGCUUAUUCUGUGGAGAGAAGUGAGCCCAGAUAUACGCUGAGAAGCAUGACCAAAGAGAACAAGAAACCUCCUCUGCCUUUCAAUUCUGUAAUUGACACUCAAAGCAAAACUGGGGCUCGUAGAGUCAGGAAGAUAUGAAUGUUCAUUUUACGGAUUCUUUUUUUUUGCUUUUAGGGUUAUGUUUUAGGAUGACUGAACUUCAUUCAUGAAUCAAAUCUGUUUUCAUUGCAAUUUCAACAGAAAUCUGAUUGAAUGAAUGUUCUAUGGCUUUCACUACUA